AUGUUUGUCUCUUCAUUGAGUAUCCGUCAUUUGUUUAAUAAUAUUAUUAUUGGAUUAAAUAGUACGUGUUGUGUUCGAUAUCAAAGCCAAUUAAAUGUAGCUCGAUCAUCAAAACAAUGCGAUUCAGUUUCUGAUGAAUUUUCAUCAAAUGAAAAUGAACAAGAAUUGGGUUUAUUUAAACAUUUUAAUAUUAAUAAACAAACACAAAAACGAUUACAAGCUCGAGGUGUUGAAUAUUUAUUUCCUGUUCAAUAUCGUUCAUAUAAUGAUAUCAUGUCUGGAAAAGAUUGUAUUGUUCAAGCACGUACUGGAACAGGAAAAACAUUAGCUUUUAGUCUUCCAAUAGUUGAACGUCUUCAAACUGAAAUGUCAAAUGUAGGGGGUCGUUAUCCUCGUUGUUUAGUAUUAGAACCAACUCGAGAACUUGCCAAACAAGUUACAAAUGAUUUUCUUUCAAUAAAAUCUCGUUUACUUUCGAUAUCAACACUUUAUGGUGGAAAAGAAUAUUCUCGACAAGAAUUAUCAUUAAAAAAAGGUUCAGAUAUUGUUAUUGGUACACCUGGAAGAAUUAAAGAUUUUUUAAAUCAAAAAAAAUUAAAUCUUCAUCAAUGUCAAAUUAUUGUUUUAGAUGAAGUUGAUAGAAUGCUUGAUAUGGGAUUUCAAGAUGAUGUUGAUUAUAUCAUUAAAACUAUUCCUCUAUCUCAAAUGAUUGUAUUUUCUGCAACUAUACCUUUAUGGUUAAAAAAAAGUGUAUCUCGUUAUAUGUCACCAACAAAUAAAUCAUUUAUUAAUUUAAUUGGUGAUUCGCAAGAAAAAACCGCUAUGAAUGUUGAACAUUUAUCAUUUACAUUAAAUAAUCUUUCUAAAAGACCACAAGUUGUUUUAAAAUUAUUGGAAAAAUAUUCGACAAAUAUAAAUCAAAGUCAAGCAAUUGUUUUUUGUCAAACAAAACAUGAAUGUGAUUUAUUAUCGAGAUCAAAUGAAAUGAAUUCAAUCUCAUCAGAUGUUCUUCAUGGAAAUCUUUCACAAAGAAAAAGAGAACAAGUUUUACAAAAUUUUCGUCAAGGUCAAAUUCGUGUAUUAAUAACAACAGAUGUUUCAGCACGUGGUCUGGAUGUUCCACAAGUUGAUCUUGUUAUUCUUACUUCACCGCCACAGGAUUGGGAAUCAUAUGUUCAUCGAUCUGGUAGAACAGGAAGAGCUGGAAAACAAGGGAAAUCGAUUUGUAUUUAUACUAAUGAUCAAUUUAAACAAUUAAAACUUGUUCAAAGAAAUGCUAAUAUUCAAUUUACUAAUAUUCAUCCAGAUUCUUUUCAUGAACAAAUUUCAAUGAGAA